AUGGUAAAAUCAAUUGCAGUAUUUGGUGGAAACGGGUUUCUUGGACGUAAAAUAUGUGAGGUGGGAGUUCGAAGAGGCUAUGAUGUGACAUCUUUUUCCAGACAUGGUGAACCACCUGAAGCAGUAGUACACCAACCAUGGGUUGCCAAAGUAAAUUGGGAACAGGCCGAUAUUUUCCAGCCAUUGACAUAUCAAGAUAAGUUGAAAAAUUAUAGUACCAUUGUUCAUUCAAUAGGUAUAUUGUUUGAAAACCAAUCAUAUAAAAAGGCCAUGAAUUCAAACUUUAAUUUUUUGAGUGAUAUCCAAAACUUGGCAAACAAUAUAAUGGGAAGCAACCCAAUGCAAAAAGAUAACGUGAAGAGUACAUACGCUGCAAUUCAGCGUGAUUCAGCAGUCGUAUUGGCUGACAACUAUAUUAAAUCCAAGGCUGAACCUCCACGCAACUUUGUUUAUGUGUCUGCUGACAAAGUUCCCCCAUUAGUUCCUGAAGAAUAUAUCACUACGAAAAGGGAGGCUGAAUUUGAAUUAAGCUGUAAAAAGGGGUUACGGAGUAUAUUUUUGAGACCGGGAGCAAUGUAUGAUGAAACUCACGAGGGUGGACUAACAACAAGAGAUGUUUUAUUACGGGGUUUGAGAUUUGGUGUUGGGUUAAAAGAAUGUAUUGUUGGGAAACAUAUAGCAGGAGACCUCGUUAGGCCAGUGGUCUCAACUGAACAAGUUGCAGAGUCUUUAUAUGAUGCAUUAGACGAUAAAGAGUUUGAAGGUGUGGUCACGGUUGAACAAAUACAGAGUAAAAAAUAA